AUGCCCAGCCCAGCAAAGCCCCGGGUAGGCAAGGCGCACCCGGUUAGCGACACCAAAGCCCAGGAACUAGAAGCUCUGUCGAAGCGGGAGAAGCCGUGGGCAUGCCGGAGAGCCGCUGGGUAUCGAAACGAGUACUUUGGCUACGCUCUCCACCCGUCACGCCGUGACAUGGGUUUCGGUUUUUCGUCGUCAGACGGCAUCCGACUGCAGGCGCCUCUUGCAACGCAGGAUUCGGCGCCUGCAACCUCCCUCCCUUUCCCAGAGGGUCAGGCUCCAGCCCUCAGCGUCUCAGUACACUCAGUAACCUCCGAGCGCCGAGGCCCCGGAGCCCAGAGGAACAGAGAAACUCGCCAGGAGGAGAACAAGACAGCUUUGCCGGGUCCGCCGAGCACCGGUGACCUCAUCCGGGCCGCGACCAGCCACCGGCGUCGUGUGGCCGCGAUGGCGUCCUGCAUCCAGACCGUUUGGGGCGGCUCAUGUGACUGUCUUUUCAUAGCGGGCGUGACCUUCUUUUUGCCUCGGACCCAGUCCAGUCCGCUGGCCCUGGGCAGAUCGAGAUCCGAAGCAGGGAAGAACGAGGCAGUUGCAAACCUUGAUACGGCUGGGGCUGGCCUGGGCUGGCCUGGGCUAUCGCCGAUCGUAGCUGUGUCCCUUCUUGACCUGUUUUCCCCCUCCCUUUUCGGGGUCUUUUCUAGGUCUGUUAAUGCCGAAACCCUGAUUUUGAAAUGGGCGGGGCCGGGAUGCGUUGGGGCUGGGGGAGAGUCCAUUAGGCUGAUUGGAGGUUUACGGGAGGGGCUUGUGUUUUUCUUUUGA